CUCGGCACCGUUGGGGCCGCGACGCGCUCGUAUAAACAGGCGUUUGUUGUGCUUUUGGUUGCGACCGCGGUAACGUUCACGACUAAACGUUAAAACGCCGAGAAAAGCGAGAUGCCAAGAUGCUGGACGACGCCGAGCUGUUCUCGCAGCUGUGCCAGAAGGACGGGAUCAUCGUGGAGUCGGAGAUCCUCGAGGCGGUCAAAACGAGCUGUGCAACUGGAGAACUGCGACUGGGUCACACAUCCAUAAUAGCAAGUCUGUGUGAAGUAAUAGGCCAUGUUUUAUGUUCGAGUUCAACUAUCAAGGUGCUAGAUCUCAGUGACUGUGUGCUGCUUCCAAAAGGGUUAACUUGUAUCUUAAAAGCCCUUUGCGAAGGAUCCAGUGUUACCACUUUGUACCUCAAAGGUAACAACAUAUGUGGGCCACUGGUUGAGCACUUAGGUGAAGUGUUACUACGUAACAAUACCAUAAAAAUUAUGCACGUCGAGUGGAACAAUUUGGGAUCACAAAUUGAUUCUUUUGCCAAGUUUUGUGAUAAUUUAGCAAAAAAUCACUACUUGGAGGAAUUGGAUCUUAGAUACAAUCAGAUAUCUACGCUGUGCGCAGACUCCCUUGCAGCAGCACUUAGCUCUAACACCAGUUUGAAAAAUUUUGACCUGUCUUGGAAUUCCUUAGGCAUGAGCGGUGGUCAAAAGAUUUUACAAGGUAUGCAGAAAAAUAGAAAUCUGGUCUCUUUGAAUCUCAAAGGAAAUUGUAUACCAAACGAAAUUCACGCAGACAUCAAGGAACAGAUAAUUGAAAAUCAGAAAAGACGAAUAUUGAGUCAAACUCCAAUGCUGAUGAAAGGAAAAGUUCCUCCAGACUCAGUUACAAGCGAAGAAGAUGACAGAGCACUACAAGUCAGGUCCAGGUUUCAAAAGAAAAAGAAAAGAAGAGGGAGAUCUAGGACUCCUUUGGAGGAGUUGAGAGGUAGUCCUCUAGGUAAUUCGGGAAACGACGAUUUCGGCGCCUUUGAAGCUAGGACUGCUUCUGUGCCAAAUUUAAAAAAAGCUAGCACUGAUAGUAAUCAAAACUCCAUAGAGCUGGACGAAAAAAUGAAAGCGCUCAAUCAAAUCUUGCACGAAAGAUCCGCGGCCAUCGAGGCUCUAGAAGCUCAAUUGAAAGCAAAAAACGAAGAGCUUCAAUCUAAUAAGACUGAAAAUGAGGAAUUAAAGACUGAGUUCGAACGACUGAAAGAAGAGAAAGACGACAUCAUCGAGGAGAAAGCGAAGGAGCUGGAAAACUUGAAAAAAACACAGACAAAAGCAGAGAGUAAUUGGAAAGAAUCCUACAAGGAACUGGAGGAGACCAAUCAAAAUAAUUCGAGGCUCAAGCAGGAGGCAGAGGCUAAAAAUCGCGCUUACGAAAGGGAGCUCCGAAAAAUCACCCUGGAAAUUCAGGCCUUAAAAGAGAAGUUUACGUCGACUGUGCAGAGCUAUGAGGACACGAUUUCCGAAUGCAAAUUGGACGCUCACCGAGCGAAAAGGGCGUUGCAGGACAAGGAAAACCGCUGCAAGAUAGAAGUUAACACCUUGAAGGAGACUCUGAAAGAGACGUCUUCAGCUUUGGAACAGUGUCAGGAGCAGCUGCAGAAACUGCGAAACGAACUUCGCGAAUCGAUCGACGCUCAGGCGAAACUGAAAACGAGAACCGACGAGGCGGAGAGGUUCGCUGCCAAAACUUUGAAACUCGAGGAUGCCUUGCAGAAAUCUAAACAAGAGAGGGACAAGUUAGAGGAGAAGUUUCAAGACUGUAGAAAAACUGUGGCGUCGCUGCAGAAUCAAAUAAUCAAAGUUCAGGAAGAAGCGCUAGAGCCACAGAAGCGAUACGAGGCUCUGAAGCUGGAGUUGCAGUUGGAGAAAGAAAAAUCCAUGGGAUUGAAAUCGGAGAUCCAGGAGGAACGUUCGAGGAUGAGGGAGCAAAACGAUCAGAUGCAAAAGUUGCUUGCACAGAUCAAUGGACUGUACGCGCAAAUCAGCGAAGCUCAAAGCAGCCACGCGGAAGCCCUGCGGGGGAAGGAGGCGGAGAUCGAGAAGCUGAAGAACGCUAUUGCGCAAAAGACGAGGGAACUGGAGCAAGUCAAAUCCGAGCAGGUCCAGAGAGCCCACCAGUUUCAAGCUGCCGUCAGCAAGUACUUCGGAUCGUUCACCGGAAUAGAUUCAGCGAUAUCUUGAAGUCGUACGAUGACCGAAGAAUAUUAGUGUGUACGCGAAAGAACGUUAUAAACAAUUGUGUAAAUUAUGUACAAGAGUAACGAUAGUUCGGUAUAGGUAUGGAAUAAAAUAGAGAGAAGACGACAAUUAAUGACAUAUAAUAAAUAGUUUUUUAAUAA